UAUUUGAUAAAAUUUCCAGUCAAAAGGGUCCAGCCUACUUGACUUAAGCGCCUCAUUUGAUCAAAAUCACAUCAUAAUUCAUCCAAAUCCAAGCAAGUAUAUAUAUCCAGCUAGCACUUCCAAAAAAAAAUAAUAAUAAUAAAUAAAUAUCCAGCAAAAAAUAUAUAAAUAAGUAAACAUCAUUGCAUAUUACUCAAACGAAAAAGAAAAAAGAGUUUUUUUUUAAGCCAAAAAAUGAUAGAGUGGGAAGAUGUUUACAAGGUGGUGGAAGCCAUGGCUCCACUGUACGUGGCCUUAAUAUUAGGUUAUGGCUCUGUGAAAUGGUGGAAGAUUUUCAGCCCAGAGCAAGGUGGUGCUAUAAAUCGUUUCGCUUGUUUCUUCACUCUUCCUCUCUACACUUUCGACUUCACAGCCCACGUCGACCCUUUCCAGUGGAACUACCGCUUCAUAGGCGCCGACGCUAUAUCGAAGACGAUCAUCGUGGUGGUGUUGGCCUUCUGGGCCAAGUUGAGUAGCAAAGACGACAGCCAUGCAGUUGCUUGGUCCAUAACAAGCUACUCUUUGUCCACUCUCACCAAUUCUCUUGUCGUUGGAGUGCCUCUGAUGAAAGCCAUGUACGGUCAGAUAGGCGUUGAUAUUGUCGUUCAGUCUUCGGUCGUACAAUCCAUCAUUUGGAUGACCCUUCUUUUUGUGAAGUUAUGUGAGAUAGAGAAAUAUCUGAGACUAGAGAUUGAUAGAAAGAUAGAGAGAAAAGCUGACCAAGAUUCAAGAAGAAAGGUGCUACUUAACCAUGGCAUUCAUGGUGGAUUGACAAGCAAGAAGAAACAAAACUGA